UCAUAUCGCCCGCCAUGUCUCACUAUCUCCAAGACAUUGACACAUCAACACCACGAUAUUCAUCACGUGCAAAGAUUCCCCCCGCAAAACGACGUCAGCGGUAACUCGGCCUCUGAUUGAGAGGUAGAUCCCCCACAGUCAACAAAGAUUGCGCCAAAGCAAAAGCAACAUCCCCGGUUCAGUUACUGGCUGAUCCUAAUCGCCACUGAGCUAUCAAUUGCUCAAAGUCCGAAAGAAUUGUCUGCUCCUAACGAGACCGAGAUUCACAGAUUCAAGCAUGCAAGAACAAGUCGACCGCUUAGUAGAGAAGACUUGGGAGAAGUUUCAGGGUGUGAGUGGGUCAAGGCGGUUGAUGGUAGCAGUGUCUGGCAUACCAGGUUCAGGCAAAACCACACUAGCAGCCAAAGUUUCCAACGGCCUCAACAAGAAACAUGCACAGAACUCCCCAGGGACGUAUAAUGGCAACCCGGUCGCAGCAUUUAUACCGAUGGAUGGCUAUCACCUCUCACGUGCACAACUCGACGCCAUGCUUGACCCUCAGAACGCACAUGCACGUAGAGGCGCAGAAUUCACGUUUGACGCGGAUAAAUUUCUCGCAUUGGUGAAGAAAUUGCGAGAACCGAUACUGCCGGAAACUAGAACAUUAUAUGCACCUAGCUUCGACCACGCAAAGAAAGACCCUGUCGCGGACGACAUCCCGAUUGCACCUUCCGUUCGCAUUGUCAUCUUCGAAGGCAACUACUGCUCACUGAACCACGGUCCUUGGAAGGAGGCGGCAGAUCUCAUGGAUGAGCUGUGGUUUGUCGAUGUAGACUUCCAGGUUGCGCGGAAGCGGUUGAUACACAGACACAUCAAGGCUGGGAUCGCCAAGAACGAGGAAGAGGCGGCAAAGAGAGCUGAUGAGAAUGACUUGGUGAACGGGCAAGAGAUCAUAGACUCGAGACUGGAUGUUCAUGAGUUGGUUAAGAGCAAAGAAGAUCCUGAAUGGGCUCCAGAGUACCAAGGCGUAGGUGAUGGCAAAGAUCAGACUUCGACAAAUGGCGGAUCGCGACUGAAUCCCAGCACUGUGAGUCCCCCGUCGUCAGCCAAUUCGAAAGAUGACAGCAUUGUAUAGUACUGCGGCCAAGCUUUGCCUCUUUUCACUUCGCUAUCAACCCCUUCAUUAGAUUCAUAGCUUCUUCGAACGACGACCGCAAUGCAUAUGCGAGUGACUCACUUCAGCCCAGUCACAUUGUAGGCCUCAGGGCACCAAAGGGCAUCACACCUUCCGAUACCGAACCUUUCGAACGUUGAGGUCUGGCUCAUAUGACUCACGCUUUGGUCGAUCAUGCCUUGUCGCAG